CUGUGCACAAUCAGCCACAAGUCUGGGCGAGACUGGGCUCUGAACAGAGGAAAGGGAGCUGGGACAGCCAGAAAAUGAAAAGGCAGCGGUGGCCCCGGCACAGGAGGGCAGGGACCAAAAUUUAAGAGUAGGGGUCCUGGCCCAGGUCCCAUUCUUUUAGGCGGUACCCUUGGUUAAAGGCUAGCAGAGGGUCCCAAACGACUAGCGGAUGGUGAGGAGCCUCAGAAAAGGGACUGAUGGGCAUCCUCCGAGGUACCCCCUACCCGCUACUGGACCUGGUGGCCGCCGGGGACCCUGCCGCCGAGGCACCUGAGAGUGAAGGCCUUCAGCGGGGGGGCAUUGUUCACAGCGCACGGCGGGACUGGAGGAGGCGGCGGGACUUCGGGGUCCGCGCACCGCCGCCUCCCCAACUGGGCCAGAGAAGCGAGUCAACCGAGGCCAUCGCCAGGUGGAGCGGCGGCCCCGGCGAGGUCCCCCUCGGCCAGCAGGAGAGAGAGGCGGAGAGCGCGUCCCAGAGGCGGGGGCCGAGGGUCUGCCACUCACCCGCGCCUUCUGCGGGCUGCGGCGGCCCGACGACGCCGUUCAGGUAGAGAAUGGGCAGCAGAAUAGGGAAAUUUGGAUGCAGAGACACAGAGAAAAUGCCAUGUGAAGAUGGAUCAGAGACUGAAGUGAUGCGGCUGCAAGCUGAGGAAUGUGAAGAAUGGCCGGCCACCACCGGAAGCUAGGGGGGACGCCGGCACAGAUUCUCCCUGAGAGCCUCCAGAAGAAACCAACCCUCCAACACCUGGAUUUCAGACUUCUGACCUUGAGAAGUGUGAGCCAAUAAAACAACUGCAGUGGA